CCUGCAUCUUGGAAUCCUCGAACAAUUCCCAGUACAUUGUAAUCUCGAUCUCAUAGCCUGCCUUGAUGCUCAAACAUGGUGCUCGUCACUCACACCAAACUAUCGACCCCAGAAAUGGACGAUUGGACGCUGUGUUGGGAAGUCAAUCUCCGCUUUCAUAAUCGAGUUUGUUUGCUCCUAGAUUGUUAUGUGUGUGGAAAAACACAGUCUUCGAGGAACUACCAUUCCACCUUCUUGAGAGACGCAACAAGUUGUCGAAGGGGACAUACCUGGAGCGACUGGACUAAAAAUACGUCUUGCAUUUGUAGCAUUUGUGACAAGGAUAAUGUGCUGGAGAUUACAAAGAGGGAGAAAACAUGUUUCGUGGAAGGUUGCAAGUCUUUGUUGAAUGUUGCGGUGAAAGUUGUGGAGGACAAAAUUGAUGAUGAGAGCAUUUUGAAAGAAUAUCGAGAGCUGUGGAAGAAGCAUCAAGUUUUCACGUGCCUGAUUUGCCAAUGCGAGGAAUCACUCGAAGAUGCACCUUCUCGGCCUCCUACCCCCAAUUGCAAACACGAUCCAAGCGUCUGCUCAGAUUGUAUGUCAGGAUUUCUGUCGAAUGCAAUUGAUAAGGGGGGAUGGCAAGAGAUUCGAUGCCCAGAUUCCAGUUGCGAUCAAAUCUUGUCCGGAGGUGAUGUUCAAGCUUUUGCUUCUCGAGAGGCUUUUUUGAAAUAUGAAGAACUGGUCACUAUGAGAACCCUCUCCAAACUACCAAGCUUCCGGUGGUGUGCGGGUGAUGGCUGUGAAUCUGGUCAGAUUCCGUCAGGAAGCAGGAAUCCGAAAUGGAAAUGCCGCAAGUGUUCGGCAUGCAACUGCUUCAAUUGCAAAACACUCUACCACGAGAAGAAAACAUGUCAACAAUAUCAACGCUUUAAACAAGUUGACGGCGAAAGUCUCGAAACGAUCUUGAAAACAACGAAAGGCUGUCCCAAGCGUGGGUGUAUGAGAAGAGUGGAGAAGCACAAGAGGUGUAGGGACACAUUUUGCGAAAGGAAAGGAGGUGGAUGCGGGACAGAAUUUUGCUGGAAUUGUAAAGUCAUUUAUUCUGCAAACAAUAGACACCAUCUUGCAGGUUGCCAGUUUGCGAGCGCGCAGACAAGGCCAAAGCCGUCUGCUAGAGAUCGGUUGUAUGCGGAAGACUGGGACAAGGAUCCUGAAUAUGAGGCUCCUGAUGAUUUGUACGUGUGGGACAGCACUUGACGCGCCUCGAUCUGAAAUAUCCACAUCUCCCGACACGUCGUCAGUAUUUCUGAGCACCUUUGAAUGCACCAAGGCAGAUUUGGAGGGCGCUCGAUGGGUCUAGUUGUUCCUACCCU